CACGUGUGAGUGCCUCUGUGUGCGUCCCCCAGGUCCUCGGUCACGGUCCGGGACUUCAGGGCGCCGCCACGGAGCCCGUCCGGGUGCUGCCGCCCCGCCGCUCGUGCCCCGGGCAGGGCAGUCGCCGGCGAUGCUGUGCUGCAUGCCCGGCGUGGCUUUCGUCCCCGCUUUGCUCGUCAGCUGGUCCUCGGCCGCCUUCAUCAUCUCCUAUGCGAUCGCCGUACUGGAGGGGCACGUCGAACCCCUCGUCCCCUACAUCAGUGACACUGGAACAAAACCUCCAGAAAGUGGUGUCUUUGGUUUUAUGAUUAAUAUUUCAGCUCUUUUAGGUGUAAUUACAAUGUACAUCAGAUAUUUAUUAAUAGAGAAGCAAAAUGAGUCAUCGCGCUUUGUUAGGUCUUCGUGCAACAUGUUUUCAUUAUGUAUUGGAUUGAUGGGCUGUAUUGGAAUGGGUAUAGUUGCAACUUUUCAGGAGCUGGCUGUUCCCAGUGUCCAUGACAUAGGAGCUUUGGUGGCAUUUGGCUCGGGUGUUGUAUACAUUACACUUCAGUCUAUAAUCUCUUACAAGUCCUGUCCACGAUGGAACUCUUACUUUGUGUGUCACAUAAGAAUGGCCAUAUCUGCAAUAUCAUGCAUUGCUUUCAUUCCCAUGAUUGUGUUCGCUUCUCAGGUUUCCAUGACAAAAAUUGAUUGGACUCCAGGUGAAAAGGAUUAUACUUAUCAUUUCAUGAGUGCAAUCUGUGAAUGGACGGUGGCCUUUGGUUUUAUCUUCUUCUUUUUAACGUUCAUUAGAGAUUUUCAGAGAUUUUCUUUGAGGAUAUCAACAGAAAUAUAUGAAGACUUCUGAUAGUGAAAAAUAAAAAUAUUUUAUAUCUGUGAAUAUUCUAGGUUUCUUUUUACUCAUAGAAAAUGUUACAGAGGGACAGGGAUUGAUAAAUUCUAUUAAGAACCCAUGCCAUUAACUCUGUAACAUCUAUAACAGCAUCCACUAAAAGAUUUUAAAAAAAACACAGCAAUGUUCCUGCUGCCUUUUUGUAAUAUUUUGUAAGUUUUAUACAGUUUGUUAUAUUAAAAAUACUGUAAUAGAAGCAAUCCCUAGAAGCACUGCAAAGUCAUUCAAGGACUCGAUCUCCUCAGAUCUUCCCUUUUGGACAUGUUCAUACUUUAUAAUUUGCUGUAGUCUAAUUAGCAACAUUAGUUUUAAACUGGAGAAAGUACAUUUUGCAAACAGUUAGGAAAGUCUGAAGGGAAUGGAAAUCACUAAGGCUGAAUUCCUACUCUAUCAAGUUGCAAGGGCUGUGGAAGAUGUUGAGAGCAGAAUUGGGCAUCUUUGUUUCAAGACUAGAAAUUUAAAGUUAGUAGGUGAUAACACUAUGCUACAGGUUUCUGAUACUGGCCAUUGUAUACAAAUACAAAUGCUAGGAGAAGUUUAAACUAUAUUGCUUGAAAAGGUGUUUUCUAAUCAUCACUGCAAUAUGUAAAAAUUUACCCCUUUUUCCCUUUUAUGCACUGCUGGCCAUAGGAAACUUACAACUAAAGUGGGAAUAGAAAGUAAACUUACAUUUAUGCAUGCCACACUAAAGAGAAAUCUUAUUCCGAUUUGGUUAACUCAAAGCAGAAAUUUCCAGCCUGUGUUUUAACCUACAAUGAUGGAAUGAAGAAGGUCUCCAAAAAGUCUUUGGAAACGAAUGGAAAACAAGUAGAUUUCAGAUGUUUGGUCCUAUGUGUAUGAGUAUUAUAUAUAUAAAACUGAAGAAAAAAAACCUGGAGAGCAUCUGUAGGGAAGGUAUGGCAUAUUUGCUGCUAUAUACUUCUGUAAUGAAAAACUGAGAAAGGAGCUAAUUGUGGAGUCAGAUGUUACAGGUAUCUGCAGGCAAAAAGUUCUUUUGUGGACUGAUCUGCUACCUCCAUUCAGUGCAUUAGCCACUUGGCUGUCAGUUCAGUUCUCUGAAAAUUACAUUUGCCAUACUCUAUCACAGUUUAUGCAGAAAUAUUGAUGAUUUUCAGUUGCUAAUUUUCCACAAAAUAAAACGAAUGCGUGUUUUGGACGGUGAUGUUUUAAGAUUAGUCGUAUGUUGAUAUUUCCUUUAAUGUGUAUUUUAAACUGUAUUAAAUUCAGCUGCUUCACAACAUGAAGAGUCGAUGUUUUCUUUAUAAGUUCUUCCAAAUAAAAAGAGUAAAAAUGUUUUUCAUUGGCAGAUUUACUUUCCAUAGUAAUCAGGUUAUCUUUCAGGGGUUGAUAGCUACAAUCAAAUUCAAAAUCAAACCUAGUACUGACUAAAUAAAGCACCUAUGUCUUGCUGAUUGGGUAUCCUGCAAGGGACACACAUUCUUUCAAGAGAAGAUCAGAAAUAUUCAAAAGAAAAUGUAUAUCAACCAUAAGAAUUAACAUCCUGUUAUUUUGAAGGCCAUGUUAAGAAAAGACAAUAUUUCUUACUAUGCUAUGUAUUGUUCUUCUAUUGUUUUUUAUUCCUAGUUUUCGUAAACUAAAUUAUAAGAAGCUUGAAGUUGUUAUUGCAAAUGAUAACCAACCUUUACAGUGAUUACAGUAUCCUAAAGGGGGGAAAAAAAUGUUCAGGGUGAAUUAAGAUAAUCUUGUUUGCUGAAAUCAAUGUGUUAAUUCAAGUACUGAAGAACUACUGAAUGAAGUACACAUGGUGUAACUCUUGGGGAUAGUCCUGUGCAGGGCCAGGAGCUGGACUCGAUGAUCCUUGUGGGUCCCUUCCAACUCGGCAUAUUCUGGGAUUCUGUGAAAUCCUUCACCUUUUUCUGAGCUUUAUCAUGGUACAUUUUAAUGAGAGCUAUAUUCAUGACCAAAAGAAUACAUUGCCAACCGUGUACCUUUUAUUAAAUUUGUUAGGCCAAAAACAUCAGCAUGCAUCGACAUGCAGAUAGAGACAAUGGAUUAUUUCCUUUUUAUUUGUGCAGUGAACAACUACUGAAAACACUGUGAUUAUUCUCUGGCUCCAGGCAGAUUUUCAGUCAAGAGCUUAAUUACUUUUUCAGUUGAAAUGGGAGUUGACAAGUUGCAAGCAAUUGCAAAAAAAUAUUAUUCUAGCAAGGUGUACUAUUUUAGCUGUGUCUGACUCUUGUUAGUUAAUACCCUUUCAUUUUUUAGAAGCAAGUGAUCUCUACAGGUUGGUAUGGAUAAUGUCGCAAAGAUUUCUGUUGCUUUUUCUAUAUUUUCCGACUUCUUAGCAACAAGAAAUAGCUAUUUUUUCUUGGAACCUAUACUAGAAAUAUUUUCAUCAUCUGCUCUGCAUGAUGUUUUCUAUUUGUCAGCCCAUCAGCAGUGAUUGAGAAAUUCCUUUUACGUAAAAUACGGUAAAUCACAUGACAGUUGCUGUUAUUUUUAGUGGUUAUGUUAAAUCAUUCUAUCCCUUCCAAAAGUGCAAAGGCUCAUUUUUCUAGGUUAUGCAGCUUGAUCUGCAGAUGAAAUACCACUGGUGUGGUCCCUGUCACAGUUCCAGAUCAUGUCACGUAAGGAUGAAACUCAAUCAACUCAAAAUACCUAAAACCAACUUUGUCUUAGGACACUGUUACUGGCACUGCUUUUCCUUCCUAUGUGCGCUAAGCCAGUGAUCACCAUAUAUUGCACCUUUGGCUUUUCUCAUG